CAGGCCUCGUACUGGCGAGUUUACAGAAGCUAGAAAGGCGAAUAUGGACGUAGGAAGGGUUGAACGAACGAAACUCGAACGCCGGAUGGAGAAGUUGAUCCAUUUACACUUUCCACUAGAUGGAGUGGAUUCAGCAUCUCACAAGCGGCCUACAGAAAAUCGGAGGUCGUCAUCCUUAUUCAAUUUAGACCUGUCAGACAUCAAAAAUCUGGAUGCGGGGGAUCUAUGGAAAGGUGUUCUUCAGUCGCAAGCGUUACAAGGAACCAAGGGAGAGAUAAGAGCUGCCGAGCAAAGGAUUACACCAUGGCAAGAAGAUUCGGACGUAUCGAAGUGCCCAUUAUGCACUGCAUCAUUUCAUCCUCUGACUAACAGAAAACAUCACUGUCGCCUCUGUGGCAAUAUAAUAUGCUCUUUGCCCAUUAAACGGCCACAAAGGCUGGAACCGUGUUCUAUCCUCUUCGUCGUUGAUCCCAAGUCGAGGCGAAUAGAGCAAGUGGAAGAAGGCGUUGAUUAUGGUGUGAGGAGACGAAGAAGUGUUGAUACCCGAAGUAGUGCGAAGGAAAAGGCAGCGGAUGUCUUGGCAGAAGAAGAGAAAUUCCUGAAGGGCGUCAGGAUUUGUAGAGAAUGUCGGCCCAUUCUCUCGCGACAGCAACAUUUCCAAGAAGCUUCGCAAGUCCCCGUGUUUCAUAGGCUUUACGAUGCAUUCAUCAGCUUGGAAACAGAGAUAGAAGACUCCCUGCCACAAUUCCGGGAACUCAUCCUAAGCCUAAACACAGACGACCAACCUACUAAGGAAGCCACUGCAACCAGGAAGCGCCUUUUGGAAGCCUUUUCGCAAUACGAUGCACUCUCCAAGCGUAUUCGAAAGAUACCAUGCCCUCCCAAUAGUUCGCAGGAUCGAGUACAGAUGGCUAUUCUCACGCGAGCCAAUUUGUUUUUGCAGAAAAAUAUGUUUCCUUUACAGUCUAUACCUAAACCGAAAAAGCAAAAUUCAUCGAAAUCCCAGACUCCAGGUGAUGGACCCACGAUUGAUCCCGAUUCUGAGAUGGCACAUUCUCUUCAGCCUUUGCUCGAACAGGAGGCUUUACUAGAAUCUUUUGUGGAAGAGGCCGUGGCUCACAGGAAGUUCGAGGACGCGAAGACUCUGAAGGCGAAUCUGAAGGAGAUCAGGACUGAAAUCGAUAAGAUGCUGACCAUUGCUGAUAGAAGCAAAGCUGGUUGAGGAAGACAUCCCUCUCUCUUUCAUAUCCUUCGCGUAGAACAAAAUACUUGCCAGGUACCCGCGUAGGACAUUGCCAGUACUUUGGCUAUUCCUAGAAACAUAUCCUUCCCGUCGGUUAUGAAUACACCAUUUUGUCGUGCAAG